AUGUCGACUUCAUUGGGGCGACUCCAAGCUGCCCUUGCUGCAGCGACAAAUGAGGUUACUGUCGCUGCCGCCAACAUUAACUUUGACUUCACACUCGUGAAGUACGAGGCACCCAAGGAGUUCAAACCUCUGGGGGAACUUUUGACAUAUAAACGGAAAGACGAAGCGGAGCACGGCAAGUCCCACAUCACCGCAAGACGACUCGGGGCCUUGUUUGAUGGUGUAUGCCCGAAUACUCCGAACCUCUUAAAGGCGUAUGGAACACGAGUUGCAGAAGUCUCGAAGAAAGCGACCGAUAACGAGCCCAAAGAGUAUCGAGAUUCAAUAUUUUCGGCGUAUGCAGGUGUGGACGGGACUUCUAUUUGGGCAGCAGCUACCUCAUCGAAGACCGCAAUCCAUGUUCACAUGCUGGCUUGUAUGCUAGCAGAAUUUUGGGACCCUCCCGAGGCCAUCUCAAUCUGGGAUGAGCUUGUCGCAGAAAGAAGGAGAGAUAUCGCAGCGCGAUUAGAACAAGGGGAGCCCAUGCACUUCGGCCUAGCAGCUGCUGCAGCCCAACAGGAUAUCUCGCGUCAAGACCUGGCUAGCUGGGAUGCAAGCGCCCGGGCGUGGAUUCAGACAGCUAAGGCAGUGGUGCGGGUCAAGUACACGCAACUGAACCUUAUCUUGAAGAACGUCGACACUCUUGUCCAUGAUAAGACAAAUGUAUUCAAUGGGGUGACUGAGGCGUGGAGGCUCUCGCUAGAAACCAUGGAGAAGCUUGUAUCUGGAGAACCACAAGAAGUCCGUAUCGGAGCAGCAAUACUGGGAGUAUCAGCCUGGCACAUAUAUCCAGAUAUGCACAUAUUUGGGGCAAAGAAUAUGGUGGUUCGAAUGGACGACCCUUUGGUACAACACGGCGGAAUCUUAUCACUCGGUUGCUCCCCAUCAAAUUCACGCCCUGGAGUGCAUUGGUCUCUCUGUCUUAACCACUUCAAGUUCUACGGCCACUCGUACCAUUUCAGAAUUUUCAUCAUGCGGUUAUUGGGGCAAUAUUAA